AUGACUGUCCCUUUGAACGUCCAACCGCCCAAGGCUGCCGAUGUUGCCGUGGCCGCCUCGGCUGCUGCUGUGCGCAAGCGCAGACGUCGUGCUCCUACUGGCGGGGCUGCAGACGACUGCUUCACCUGCUCCAAACGCAACAUCAAGUGCGACCGCAGACGGCCGUACUGCUCGCAAUGCCUCGAGGUCGGCAAUGAGUGCUCCGGCUACAAGACCCAGCUGACCUGGGGUGUCGGCGUGGCCAGCCGUGGCAAGCUUCGCGGCCUCUCACUGCCCAUUGCCAAGGCACCGCCCGUCAACCCUGGCAUCGGGUCCGGCGUGUCCAAAAAGUCCAUCACCUCGACGCCUGCCCGCCAGAGAGCUGAAUCUGUCGCCUCGGCCGUCAGCUCAUGGAACGACUCGGACGUCUUGGCUGUCGUCAAUUCCGCCAACAUGUCGGCACGUGGCGCUUCUUCCAUCGCUACCACGCCUCGGGCUCUCCGAGACGACGUCGAGCUGGCUUUUGACACCUCUUCCUCCAUGUCGACUCCCUCCUUUAACUCGUACGAGCUCGCCCAUAUGUCGCCCGGCCACGUGGCUGCUACAUCCGCUCAUAUGUCUGUUUCCGUGUCCGUCCCGGCAAGCCUUGCCCACCAGAACUGGACCCCCUCUCCUGUUUCCGCGAAUCUCCCUCCAUUUUCUUCCAGCUUGCCGGCAGACUCUGGUCCCUACAGCCAGCAGCACCAGCACCAGCACCAGCAACGGCACCCGCACCAGCGCCAGCUCCCUCACCCGCAUCCGCAUCACCAACAACACCAACAACGGCAACAACGGCAACGUCAGAAUCCCGGCCCGGAGCUUCACCUCUCUGCCUCCAUUGACUCGCUGAGCGAUGUGGACUACAUGUCGCCCAUCAGCCACUCCUUCCCUCCCGACGAAAUAAACUUUAUGAACAGUCCUGCAGGCAUGGUCUACGACAGCUUCACUGGCCAAAACUCCCCUGUGCCCCAGAGUCCCACUAGCAGUCUUAUGAUCGAGCACCGCCGACCGGCCCCGACGUCCUGCCCGAGUCUGAUAUACGCCACGUCUGAACAGAGCUCCAGCCUACCCUCGUCGCACCCGGAAAACUACGAUUCAAACCUUAGCGCAAGGCUACUCCAGGACUGCGACUCGAUGGGCACCCCCUCGGACAUUGACGCCUACAGCACCAGUGCCCAGUCUGCUGGUCAGUACUGGGGCCCUUAUGGUGACGAGGAUGCGUCUCCCCCGAUGCGCUCGGAUGCCGCCCCUGCGGCGUGGCCCGCCAUGAUGGAUGGGCAAAAUACCUCCAUCAACUUGGAUCUCAUUGCCAAAAUGCCUUUUUUUAUCGACUACUACGAAAACACAAUGUGCCCCUCCAUGGUCUUCAUUGACGGGCCCACAAACCCUUUCCGCUAUCAUAUCAUGCAGCUUGCACGGUCAAGCCGGAGCUUGCAGCACGCCAUCUGCGCCUUGGCCGCGUGCAACCUGCGGAUGAAGCGCAAGCUGAGCCGGGGCCAGCACAGACGUGACGUCUCGGACGCUGUCGAUGACUCGGCCGGCCAGGGGGAUCAGUCGGUCUCGGAGGAGUACCAGCACCGCAAUAUGGCUGUGCACCUGCUGAACGAGCAGCUCAAUGACCCGGUCAAGUCCCGUCAUGACUCGGUGCUGGCUACCAUUCUCCUGUUGUGCCACUAUCGCAUGGCCGAGUCGGGCAUUGCUCGUUUCCAUACGCAUUUUGCCGGUGUAAAGAAGAUCCUGGCCAUGCGACGGGCAUCACCAUUCCCGCCGUCGCGCGACUACGCCUGGAUGGAGGCCCUAUUUACCUACUUUGACGCCAUAUCUGCCAGCAUCAAUGACCGCGAGAGCCAGCUGGAUAACUCUGUGCACGGUGCCAGUUCUGAUGCCCAGAUCCUUCCGCCAGGUUCCGAGAACCUGGUUGGUUGUGACCGUGAGCUAUUCCGGACCAUAAUCAAGCUUGGCCGACUCAACCUCCUGUCGCAGAGCCGGCAAGUGAAGGGCCCGGCGAGCAGGGGCAGCAGCAGUGGCAGCAGUGGCAGCAGCAACAAUGGCGGAAACAACAGUGCGAUUGCGCGGGCGCUUUCGUCGCGCUCGCAGUCUCCCCUCGGCUCCGCUCUGGGCCAACUCUACAGCCCGACCAGCAGCCAUCCGCGCCAGCACCAUCCACGCCACAUCAACACGGACGUGUACAAUAACCGGUAUGGCUCGUCGUUGGAUGACGAAGACAUGUUGCUGUCGCCGACUGCGUACGAAGACCAGCGGCUAGCAUUUUGGACGGAGUGGAAGGAGGCGCGACUUGCGCUGCAAUCGUGGGAGUUCGACUCUCAGCAGAUUGUCAACGGGCUGCACGGUGUGGGAACACCGACGCCGGCACAGCUGCGGGAUCUCUGCUCGCUGUCGGAGGCAUUUCGAUAUGCAGCGCUUCUGUAUACAGAGCGACUGGCCAACCCCAAUGCGCCUUCGACGGACAGCAGCUUCCGCAACUUUGUGAGUCAGGUGGUGUACUAUGCGACGAGCCUGGAGACAGGGUCGUCGGCUGAGAAGUUUCUGUUGUGGCCUCUGUUUGUUGCUGGCAGCGAAUGUGUCAAUGAGCUGCAGCAGACGAUUGUGCGAUCAAAGUGCCGCGAGAUCAUGUCGCGGUCGGGCUACAUGAACAACCUGGCAGCCUUGGACGUGCUGGAACACCUCUGGGCCAACAACGGCCAGGAAGAGGGCGGGGUCAAGGGCGAUAUGGCCUGUCGGGCGCCGUUUAGCUGGAACCGGUGCAUUGGGGGGCCGGGAAUCGAGGUGGAGUGGAUCAUGUUCUGA